CCUAACGCUCGCACUCGGACGGUCUCUGGCGGUGGCAGCGCGUACUUGACCAGCUCGUACGUGGUUACUGCAUGGGAUGGUAUCGUAGCCGCGCUUGAAGGCUCAGGAGUGGAAGUCGUAUAUUCGGCUGGUUGUUACAGCCAUCGGUACCUUCCCUUGCUAGACGGCUUCAUAUCCGCGCAAGACGGUACCGAAGGUUGGGAUGUCGCCUUUUACAAUACCGCUCCGAGCGCCUCCGAGACACCCGUCGCCACGUACGUUGCGGCCAGUACCAAAUUCAGGAUCAAUGAUCACAAGCCGGCCGGCCUCAACGACGAGUUCCACCUCGUCGGGUCCGGUCACAUGACAUUCCCCCAUUCUGGCAUGUUCGAAUUCGGACUCUGUUCCGUUGGGAAAUCCAGACUGUUUGUAGACGAUGUCCUGGUCGUCGAGAACGGGUAUGACAAGCCUCAGACCAUAGGAGAUACCUUUUACGGGCUGGGUACGAGGGAGGAAACAGGUGUUUACCACGUCGAGCCGGGCAAGCGGUACCUCGUACGCGUCGAGUUUACAAACUCCUCGGAGGGCGGUCGAGUCUCGGCGGAGACUACCAACACCGGUCAGCCGAGCCUGAUGUUGGCAGCGCUACGGGUCGGAGGCAGCUUCAAAAUGGCCAGCUCGACUGAGGCCAUCGAGAAAUGUGCUACGCUGGCGAAAGAGUGCGACGCGGUCAUCUGCGUCACCGGCGGGAAUCUGGAUUGGGAGACCGAGGGUGCCGAUCGAACCCAAUUCGCGCUUCCUGGCGCGACCGAUGAGCUGGUCGAGAGCUUGCUCGAGGCGAACAGCAACACCAUCAUUUGCAACAUCUCGGGCUCUGCUUUCGCUUUCCCCUGGGUGGACAAGGCGUCAUCGAUCUUGCAAUGCUGGUUGGGUGGCAACGAAACAGGCAACGCGAUGGCAGACGUCUUGUUCGGCAAGGUCAACCCGAGUGGGAGGAUGCCCCUCUCUUUUCCCCACGAGAUCGAACAUUGCACCGCACAUCUCAACUGGGGUUCCGAAAAUGGCAAGGUGCACUAUGGGGAAGGUCUCUUUGUCGGCUAUCGCGGUUACGAAGCGACCAAGAGGGACCCGAUGUUUGCUUUGGGAGAAGGUCUUUCGUAUUCGACGUUUCGUGAGUUUCAGUGUCGCUUCGGGCUGCUCGGAUCGAGGGGCGAGACGGCCGAGGAGCUCGAAGCGACCAUCACCUUGUCGAUCGAGAACACCAGUCAGAUCGACGGCGCCGACGUCGUCCAGAUCUACGUCAGCCAGAUCGCGCCUUCGCUACGACGUCCGCUGAAAGAGCUCAAGGGUUUCCAAAAGGUGUUCCUUCGAGCCGGCGAAAAGAAGACCGUCUUCAUACGACUGGACAAGUUGGCCUUUAGCUACUGGAACGACAAGACCGCCCGUUGGGUCACGGAGAUGGGCGAAUUCGACUUUAUGGCCUGUCGAUCGGCUCGCGAGGGGGAUGUGGUGGCCAAGAACAGGGUCAGGUUGAACAAGACUUGUACCUGGACUGGGUUGUGA